CGCUAUGGUCCGUGCGACUUCAGUCUGGAGGCUGAGAACGAGAGAGUGAGAGCAGAUGAGAGACCGACUACCACCGAUACAACUGGUUUUUACUCCUCAAGGAUAAAUAACAACGUUAACAGUCUCGCUAACCUGGUCAGGGCACCGCUCACGUUGUAAGAUCCAACUCUUCCAGCUGUCGUUCUGCAUUGGCGGCACGCUGUGAGAAAAGACUCCACUCUGCUGUGCCUCAGCGCUCCUCAGACACUUGUCCUUGACAUCCAAAUGCUGUGUGUCGAACGUCGUGCCAGCCGCCUCCUGUGAGUUAUGACGACGGCUGCUUCAUUGACUCUGGAAAGAGGCUCCUCCUCCACUCACCAGUGAGCAAAUCACAUGAUGCAAUGAAGAAGGGUCCGGGAAGUCUGCUCUUCAAGGGGUCUGCCAGCAGGAUAUGAGUAUUUUGAGCCCUGUGUCGGAUAACAAAUCAAACCUUGUGGGAAUUGUGGGAAGCCCAGAAGAAUACCCCAGAGCCAUGCAGUCAGAGGAGCUAUUCAGCAGGAAACUCAAAGCCCUGAAUGGUAGCAUGGGACCACCAACCUCCAACAUGCAGGGGAAACCUGAUGGUUCAGGCAAAACAAAUGGUACUCCAGCAAUGCCUAAAAUGGGCGUCAGGGCCAGGGUGACAGAGUGGCCACCAAGGAAAGACGGAUGGGACGGACGGCCUUCACCGAACUAUCAGAGUGUGAUACCGGUAUUUCAGAAUGGCCAGCAGGAGCAUACUGUGGAAAUACUGGAGCAAGGUGAAGCAGUUUGUCUGGAAGUAGACUACUCAGACAAAUACACGUUGAGUGACCUCCUCAGCCAUUCCCCUCUGAAAGGUCUCCACCCUAUCCGUCAACGCAGUAACAGCGAUGUCACCAUAAGUGACAUUGACUCUGAGGACAUAAUGGACCAGAACGCUGUCAAUCCAAACACGGGGGCCUCACUGCACCGUGAGUACGGCAGUACGUCCUCCAUUGACCGUCAAGGCCUCAGUGGCGAUGGUUUCUUCACCAUGCUUAGGGGCUACCGAGUGGACACCCUAGACCACCGUAGCAUACCACCUCUGGGUUUCCCCGAAUUGUUGCGCUGUGACGCCUCCCUCUCCCCCAGCCUGCAGACAGCAGCCCAGAUUGCCAGGGGUGAGAUAGUCCACAUUCCAGGCUACGACUACAUAGACAGUUCUCUACUCUACAGCCGGGAACGGGAGAAGUCCUUCAUGAGGCGUCUCAAAUCAGAAUCGUCUGAAACGUCUCUGUUCAGGAAACUGCGGACCAUAAAGAGUGAGAGUGACGCCUUGCGGCUCUCAAUAGAGGAUGACCGGCGACCGCUCAGUUUCCAAAAAUGCUUUGCCCACUACGACGUCCAGAGCGUUCUUUUUAACAUCAGCGAAGCGGUAGCAAGCAGAGCUAACCUUAGCCAGAGGAAGAACACAACUACUGGGGCUUCAGCUGCCUCAGCUGGAGCCAGCACUGGAGCCGGUGGAGGGGCCGGAGGUGGAGCUGGGCCUGGACCUGGACCAGGGGCAGAUGGUGGAGCAGCAGGAUGUAGCAGUGGAAAUGCCCCUAUGUUUGAGUCUCCUCUAGGCAGCAGGGAGGACUUGAACCCCAAGGAAAAUCUGGAUGCUGAUGAGGGAGACGGGAAGAGUAACAACUUAGUGCUGAGCUGCCCUCACUUUCGCAAUGAGAUCGGUGGUGAGGGCGAGAGGAAGAUCUCCCUCUCCAGAGCCAACAGUGCCAACUACACUGGUGUGUCAGAGAGUUGCUCUUUUGAAUCAUCUUUAAGUUCCCAUUGCACCAAUGCAGGUGUCUCUGUACUGGAGGUGCCUCGAGAAAACCAGCCAAUCCACAGGGAGAAGGUCAAACGAUACAUCAUCGAGCACAUUGACCUUGGAGCGUACUACUACCACAAGUACUUCUAUGGCAGAGAGCAUCAGAACUAUUUCGGGGUGGAUGACAAUCUGGGACCUGUGGCAGUCAGCAUCCGCAGGGAGAGGUUGGACGAUGGAAAGGAGAAAGAUGGAAUGCAGUACAACUAUCGGGUCACCUUCAGAACCAGUCAGCUGACCACACUCCGUGGAGCCAUACUGGAGGAUGCCAUUCCAUCCACUGCGAGACAUGGGACAGCCCGCGGCCUGCCGCUGAAGGAGGUGCUUGAGUACGUCAUCCCUGAGCUUAACAUCCAGUGUCUGAGGCUGGCCCUCAACUCCCCCAAGGUCCCGGAGCAACUCCUGAAGCUGGAUGAGCAGGGGCUAAGCUUCCAGCACAAGGUGGGAGUGCUUUACUGCAAGGCGGGCCAGAGCACAGAGGAGGAGAUGUACAACAACGAGAGCGCCGGACCGGCACUCGAUGAGUUCUUGGAUCUGCUCGGCCAGAGGGUGCGCCUCAAAGGCUUCACCAAGUACAGAGCUCAGCUGGAUAACAAGACCGACUCCACAGGCACACACUCUCUCUACACCACCUAUAAGGACUAUGAGCUGAUGUUUCAUGUGUCCACCAUGCUCCCCUACACGCCCAACAACAGACAGCAGUUAUUAAGGAAGAGGCACAUUGGCAAUGAUAUCGUCACCAUAGUAUUUCAGGAGCCCGGGGCCCUUCCUUUCACUCCAAAAAACAUCCGCUCUCAUUUCCAGCAUGUGUUUGUCAUCGUCAAAGUCCACAACCCCUGCACUGAUAACGUCUUCUACAGCGUGGCCGUGUCCAGAUCGAAAGACGUGCCUCCAUUCGGGCCCCCCAUCCCCAAGUCUGUGACUUUCCCAAAGUCAGCAGUUUUCAGGGACUUCCUGCUUGCCAAGGUCAUCAAUGGAGAAAAUGCCGCACACAAGUCAGAGAAGUUCCGAGCCAUGGCGACUCGUACGCGGCAGGAGUACCUGAAGGACCUGGCAGAGAACUUUGUUAGCACUGCUACUAUUGACUCAGCUGUCAAAUUCAGCUUCAUCACCCUCGGAGCCAAGAAGAAAGAGAAGGUGAAACCCAGGAAGGAUGCACAUCUGUUCAGCGUGGGAGCCAUCACCUGGAGUGUCCGUGCCCGGGACUUUGGGCAGUCGAUGGACGUGGACUGCUUGCUCGGCAUAUCUAAUGAGUUCAUCGUCCUCAUUGAGGAGGAAUCAAAAAAUGUGGUCUUCAACUGCUCGUGUCGCGAUGUCAUUGGAUGGACCUCAGGGAUUAUGAGCAUUAAGAUCUUCUAUGAGCGUGGGGAGUGUAUCAUGUUGUCUGCACACGACAACUGUGGCGAAGACAUCAGGGAGAUGGUGCAAAGAUUAGAGAUCGCCACCAGAGGUUGCGAGACAUCAGAGAUGACUUUGCGUCGGAACGGCCUCGGUCAGCUCGGUUUCCAUGUCAACUUUGAGGGCAUCGUGGCUGACGUGGAGCCCUUUGGUUUCGCCUGGAAGGCCGGGCUGAGGCAGGGGAGCCGACUGGUGGAGAUCUGCAAGGUGGCUGUUGCUACUCUCACCCAUGAGCAAAUGAUUGACCUACUGCGCACUUCCGUCACUGUCAAAGUCGUCAUAAUCCAGCCUCAUGAAGACGGCACCCCCCGAAGGGGCUGCUCCGAGCUCUACCGCAUACCCAUGGUGGAGUACAAGGUCGACAGCGAGGGUACACCCUGUGAAUACAAGACACCCUUCAGGAGAAACACCACCUGGCAUCGGGUGCCCACAGCUGCUGGUCCACCUCUGUCCCGAGGCUCGCCCACACAGGGGCCUGAUCGCCUGCAGUGCCAGCAGAUCCUCCAGCAGCACCAGGCAGCUAUCCCACGAAGCACCUCCUUUGAUAGGAAAUUGCCCGAUGGGUCCAGGACAAUGCAGGAUAUUGAGAAUCCCCAGGUCACCUCCUGUAACAAGGGAGACCAGCACUACCGCAGUUCCCCCAGUAACCAGUCCUCCUCCAGUGAUCCAGGACCCUGCGGUAGCAGCACCUGGUCUCAGCAGCCUGGAUACGAUGGGUGUCCCUCCCCAAUCCUUCAUGAGCGUGCGGGGGACAUCCAGGGGGGAGAUGGGGAGAUCCACAGGGAGAGAGAGCCCACUCUUGAGAGAACCAGAUCUGCAGAGGCCAAAUGGCACAUCCCCUCCACCAAGAUCCUCAACCCUCUGAAGCAAAGAGAAGGAGGAAAAGACUCACCCAACAAGCUGUCCAGGACGGGGGAUAAAAACUCAAGCCACUCAAGUAGCAACACACUCUCAAGCAACGCCUCCAGCAACAGCGACGAUAAGCACUUUGGCUCUGGAGACUUGAUGGACCCAGAGAUGUUGGGCCUCACUUACAUCAAAGGCGCAUCCACAGACAGCGGCAUUGACACUAAUCCCUGCGUGGCCCCUGGGGCCCGGGUGCUGCUGCAGGUCAGGAUGGGGGAGCAGGGACACCCCUGGGUGUCGGAGCACCAUGAGGACGGGGUGUCGGAGGAGGAUCAUGGGAAACUGUACUUACCACAGGGCUACGCUUCUGCCAUUAUGUCAAGUCAUGUGACGGAGGGCAGCAUUGGAGACCUGAGUGAGAUCUCAUCCCAUUCAAGUGGCUCACACCACUCUGGCAGUCCCCUGGCCCGUGGGGCCAGAUACUGUAUGUCUGCUGACUCCUCCAAGGUGUACACCAUCCCCCAGACCAGCAGUUCAGGGCCAGGGCCAGAGCCGGGGCCGGGGCCCAGCUCAGAGGCCUGUGGACAGACCAGGCCAGAGCCCGGUUGCAAACUUCCAGUGGGCACGAAGACGACUGAUGAUGAUGGUGAAGCCCACAGCACUGAGGGACCCCCCAACAUUUCAGAGUGUGGAGGAGCUGAGAGCUUGUUAGCCUUCCUUCUCAAAAUGCUGUCUGAGCAUUCAAGGCAGCUGUAUGCACAGGAGGCUGCCUGCCGGCUCCAGGCUGCUGAGCGGGAUGGAAAAUCGCUGCAGAGACUUUCAAAAGAGGAGUACCUUAAAAUGAUGCUGCCGGACAGCCCUCCGGGAGAAGACAGGAGUCGGAAGGUGUCAGCAGUCGGCAGUUUAUCACCCAGACGCUCCCUGUACCGGACGCUGUCGGAUGAAAGUGUGUGUAGUAACCGUAAGGGUUCAUCCUACGCCAGCUCGCACAGCUCCAUGCUGGACCAAGCCAUGCCUAAUGACAUCCUAUUCAGCACCACCCCACCUUACCACAGCACACUGCCUCCUCGCAUGAUCCACAACCAGGGAGCAUCCAACCUAAGAAAUGAGUUUUGGUUCUCUGACGGCUCCUUGGCGGACAGGUCCAAGUUCAGCGACCCGGGCCUCAUGCCCCUCCCAGACACUGCCUCGGGCCUGGACUGGUCUCACCUGGUUGACGCAGCACGAGCCUUUGAAGACCAGCGCGUGGCGUCUUUCUGCACCAUGACGGACAUGCAGCGGGCCGAGGCUUUGCAGAUCUCAAGAGAACUGACCAGACGGGUGGUGGAGGCGGAGGGAGCAGCACUGGAAGCAGACAGCUCCCCCUCCACACUAACUGGCAAAGUCAACCAGUUGGAGGUGAUCCUCAGGCAGCUGCAGCAUGACCUCAGAAAGGAGAAAGAGGAUAAGGCGAUGUUGCAGGAGGAGGUGCAACACCUGAGACAGGAUAACAUGCGACUGCAGGAGGAGAGCCAGACGGCGGCGGCUCAGCUCAGGAAGUUCACAGAGUGGUUUUUUCACACCAUUGAUAAGAAACCUUGAGAGAGAGAGAGAGAGAGAGACCCGCAGAAAGAGAGGGAGAGAGAGAGAGAGAGAGAGAGAGAGAGAGAGAGGGAGUGCAAGAAGGCCUUCACUCCUCCUGGGCACCCAGUCAGCUCCUACUUAAGACUCCCAGAUGAUUCACAGGCAAACAAACUUUAAAACAAACCAUUACCGGCCCCCAGAGUAAUCAAGACUCAUUAAAAAGCCCCUGCUUUAGGAGACUGUCUUGCAGCCCUGUGUGCAGAGACUUGAAACCCUGAUCUGGACCUUAGUUUUGGAACCCUCCUCUGUCUGAAGUGCAGGGCUGUUUAUGAUGUUAACGGUUUCUCCACACUGGCAAACAAGACACUUGGGAAAUGUCCCCAUAUCCGGCGCUGGAGAGGAAUUGAGAAAGGCAACCCCCGGGGGCCCCGCCUGAGUCCCUGGGAUCUUCUUACAGUAGUGGAAUGUAAAGCUCAUUUACUGUAGUCAACAUAUAAUCUACCUACGUAUGUCACGUCAGUCUACUGUACUGUAUGCUCAGCUGUACUGUAUCGUACUGCGCACACUGUCACACAGCUGUUUCUGUGCCGGCCUUCACGGACGCAGGAAAGUA